CUAAUUCCUGGCGUACUUCCUUUCUGAUGCGUUUUUAUUUGAAGUAUUACGGUAGCUGCAUUGACGCUGUGUAAGACAGGAACUGGGCCAUGUGUUCGUGUUAUUUUCCACACUUGAGAGUUUUUACCCGGGAUAUUAAGCCAUUCAGAUACUGAACAGUUUCAGGCACGCAUCAUGAUAACACCAGCCUUUGAGCUGAGUCAAGACUCAGACUUCCUUACACUGGUUAUCCGCGUUCCUUACACGAGAACAUCAGAGUUUGACAUCUACGUAGAUGGAGAGGACUUCAAAUUCUACGCCAAGCCCUAUUUUCUCAGGUUGACUCUACCUGGAAGAAUAGUCCAAGAUGGAAGAGAAAAGGCUUCAUUUGACAUUGAUAAAGGUCUCUUCACCAUGCGAGUCCCUAAGGAGACAGCAGGACAGCACUUUGAGGGACUACACAUGCUGACCAGUCUCUUGGCCCCCAAAGGUUCCAGGUCUGCACAACCGCUGGUGGAGGAGAUGGGAGCAUGCAGCAUGAGCGAAGCGUGUCAGGAAGAUAAAGAUGAAGAAGAGGAUUUUGAUUGGCAGGUAGAACAGCAGCCAUACAUUGAGUCCUCAGAGGAAGACCUAAAAAAGCUGCAGAAAUACGGCUUCGGAAACCUCAGGACUGGGGUUUUCUCUCGACUUCAGGAGGAGCUGUCAGAAGUGAUUGAUGUGGAAGACCCUGAAAACUCCACCCCUGCCCAGAGGAGGUCUGAUCGCUUGAAUUCAGAGACCACCAUAUUCUGUACUGACCACUAUCUACUCGAUUUAUACGAAGGUGAAGAGACGAGGCAAGUUCAUCUCGGGUUUAAGCCAUGGUGGAGUGAGCUGAAGCCAGACUCUGACGCUGAAUCUACUGUCACUUUCACAGAUGAAGAAAAAGAACAAAUGAGAAAGUUCACAAAUCGUUCCUAUGUGCUUGAUAAGGCAACCAGAUACCAUGUCUGGCUCAGUCUAGUGGACAUUAUUCUGGCCUACAUCUACGAUGUGCGCACUACAGAAGGAGAACACAACGUGGAGUCAGCGUGGACCAUCAGAAAAAUCAGCGGGACUUUAAGCUGGCUGGAGACCUAUCACUCUCUACAUGAGGUAUUAGUGUCGUUUGGCCGCAGGGUGCUGUGUUACCCGCUGUACCGGCACUUCUCUCUGAUCACGACUGCAGUGCAGGACGCCGCUCACAUUUUCCGGGGUGGUAAGGCCUUUGUCCUGAAAUGCCUGCUAGCCAUCCAUAAGAUCUUCAGAUACAAUGAGCCGGCCUACAUCCUCAAUGACCUCUACAUCACAGACUACUGCAUUUGGAUCCAGCGGGUUAAGUCCAAGCACAUGGUGGCCCUGGCUGAAGCACUACGCAAAGCUGAGCUGCACAAGAAUGACCUGGACCUAGAGCUGCAGAUUCUGGAGGAAGCCGCUGAGUUAGUGAUAGAAGAGGAACAGGAGGAGCAACUAAAGAAGGGGGCGCAGGACGGGGGGAAAGCACAAACAAAUGAAUGUGAAGAGGAGGAUGAGUCCAGCAGUAUCGAGGAAGAAGAGGAAUACUCCAGUAGUGAGGAAGAAGAGGGACCUGAUAGCUGCGUUCCUAAGAACAAAGAGGAGGAGCAAAAAGGAGUACCAGAUGGACCAGCAACGACUUGCAACUGCUCUCAGGAGCAUGAGCAUGGAGAAAGCCUGAUCCAGGAGCUCGGAGAGAAGCUGCAGGAAGAGGAGCUGAGGAUCACAGAGGACAUGCCUCAAAUAACUGUUCCCUCCAGCAGCACAGUGAGAGAGGAAGAGGGAAAGGUGGAGGGAUUGAGAAAGACAGACGACUCCCAGCUCCCUGUACCUCUGGAUCGAGUUAAAAUCACAAACGCAGGAAGCGACACAGCUCUGUUAGAGCAUCGACUGUGUAACCUACGCAUCUUGAAUACUGAGGAACUGGACAGUGAUGAUGAGGAAGAACCGAAUCAGUGACUGUUCACAGGGAUCUAAGAAGAUAAAAUGACCAUUAAUGGACUGUCAUUUGGUUUGUCUGUGCUGAGGAGUAUAUUCUUGAAUUCAAACACUUAAAAUGAAUGUAGUAUUGAAUACUUUUCUGUUCUGUUGUAAUAGAGUUGGUUUGAAAUUACAUGUUAAAUGUUCAUCAUUUUUCUACUAAAUUUCAGUCAUAGCUUGUAUGAAACAUUUUUGCACAGGCUACAUUUUAUUAAAAUCCUCUUUUACUGCUC